CGCAGCUAAAACCCGGAGACCUUUAUUGUGAAAUCUUGAAGCCAUAGCUGAUCCGGAAGUUUUCCGCCAGAAGAACGACACUGAUUGACCGGAGAGACAAGUUGGAAAAGCAAAUGGAUCUACCUCUCAGAUGAGAUUUCGACGGCACUGAAAAAUACCAUCUAGAAAUGACAACAAUGUUGUAAUGUUGUAAGGUAUGGACUCUCAAGACAGAAAAUGCAGUCCUACGCAGGGAGAACACAGUGAGAAUGAGGCCAGUUCAGCAGUAAAGAGGCCCCAACAGGCCGGCCCAGUUGAGAGAAGCUCCAGAGAGAGGGCAUCCCCUCAGGCCAGUCCUGCAGGUCACAGUCCCUCCAGAAGCUCUGAUAGCAGCAGCAGUAGCAAUGAUGAUGAAGAUGAACAUGAUGGUGCACUGAGGAAGAUUAGGAGCAGCGUAGCUCAGAUCAAAAGAUCCAGAUCCAGAUCCAGAUCCAGGUCCAAGUCUCAAGAGCAAGACGGAUCCAGGUCCAGAGAGACAGAGAGAUCCAGAGGACGAGACAGGUCCAGGUCCAGAGAGAGAGACAGGUCCAGGUCCAGAGAGAGAGACAGGUCCAGGUCUAGGGGACGAGACAGAUCUCGGUCCAGGGAGAGAGAGCGGGAGCGCUGCGACAGAGGACGCUAUGCUAGAGAUCGCUACGAUGAUCGUCGUGAUGAUAGGGACGGGCGCUUUGACCGGCGGACCAAUCGGAAUGCAGAGUCAGAUCACAAGAUGCGGGGCCCCUCUGCUUCUUCUCCAGCCAACAGAGAGCCGGCAGCAGCUGAUGAGCCACCAGCCAAGAAGAAGAAGGACGAGGUCGACCCGAUCCUGACGAAGACUGGUGGAGCUUACAUCCCCCCCGCCAAGCUACGCAUGAUGCAGCAGCAAAUCACUGACAAGACCAGCCUGGCCUAUCAGAGGUUGAGCUGGGAGGCUCUGAAGAAGUCCAUCAACGGUUUGAUCAACAAAGUCAAUGUGUCCAACCUCGUCAACAUCAUCCAGGAGCUGCUGCAGGAGAAUAUUGUCAGGGGCAGGGGUCUGCUGGCUCGCUCGGUGCUGCAGGCUCAGGCAGCAUCUCCGAUCUUCACUCAUGUCUACGCUGCCGUCGUGGCUAUCAUCAACUCCAAGUUCCCGCAGAUUGGAGAACUUAUCCUGAAGCGCCUCAUCCUGACCUUCAGGAGGAGCUACCGCCGUAACCUCAAGCAACAGUGCCUGACAGCCUCGAAGUUUGUGGCUCACCUCAUUAACCAGAACGUGGCCCAUGAGGUUUUGUGUCUGGAGAUUCUCACUCUGCUGCUGGAGCGACCGACAGACGAUAGCGUGGAGGUUGCCAUUGCCUUCCUGAAGGAGUGUGGGCUCAAACUGACCGAGGUGUCCCCCAGAGGAAUUAACGCCAUAUUUGAGCGUCUUAGAAACGUCCUCCACGAGUCAUCUAUUGAUAAGAGGGUCCAGUACAUGAUUGAGGUGAUGUUUGCCAUCAGGAAGGAUGGUUUCAAAGAUCAUCCAGUGAUUCCAGAGGGCCUCGACCUGGUGGAUGAGGACGACCAGUUCACCCACAUGCUGCCACUGGACGACGAGUACAACCCUGAGGAUAUCCUCAAUGUGUUUAAGAUGGACCCAAACUUCUUGGAGAACGAGGAGAAAUACAAAACCAUUAAAAGAGAUAUCUUGGAUGAGGGCAGCAGCAAUUCAGGGGAGGAAGAAGGCAGUAGUGAAGAAGAUGAAGACGAAGAUGAGAACGAGGAGGGAAGUGAAGAUGAGAAGGUCACCAUCUUUGAUAAGACAGAAGUCAAUCUGGUUGCUUUCAGAAGAACCAUCUACCUCGCCAUACAGUCCAGUUUGGACUUUGAGGAGUGCGCUCACAAACUGAUCAAGAUGGAUUUUCCUGACAGCCAGACGAAGGAGCUAUGUAACAUGAUCCUGGACUGCUGCGCUCAACAGAGAACCUACGAGAAGUUCUUCGGUCUGCUGGCUGGGAGGUUCUGCCUGCUGAAGAAGGAGUACAUGGAGAGUUUUGAGGGAAUUUUUUCAGAGCAGUACGAAACAAUUCAUCGACUAGAGACCAACAAACUGAGGAAUGUGGCGCGACUGUUUGCUCACCUGCUCUACACAGACUCUGUUCCCUGGAGUGUGUUGGAGUGUGUCAAAAUGAGCGAGGAAACCACGACGUCAUCCAGCAGGAUCUUUGUGAAGAUUCUUUUCCAGGAGCUCUGUGCCUACAUGGGCCUCCCCAAACUCAACCAGAGGCUCAAAGACCAGACUCUGCAGCCGUUCUUUGAAGGUCUGUUCCCUCGAGAUAAUCCCAGAAACACUCGCUUCGCCAUCAACUUCUUCACCUCUAUUGGACUUGGAGGACUGACGGACGAGUUGAGGGAGCAUUUGAAGAAUGCUCCGAAGAUGAUCAUGACUCAGAAACAGGAAGUCGAGUCCUCAGACUCCUCCUCCUCCUCAGACUCCUCCUCAUCUGACUCCUCCUCCUCAGACUCUUCCAGUGAAUCGGACUCCUCGGACUCCUCCUCAAGCAGCAGCUCAGACUCAGACGCCAAACACAGGAAGAGGAAGAAGAGAAAAGAACAGAGUGAGAAAAAAAAGAACGAGGACAAACUGUCUGACAAGAAGCGAACGCGACGCAAAGGCAAGGACGAGGAUGACGGUGACGAUGACGAGCAGACGAGGAAGGACAGAAAAGGCCGUGCACAUGAGGAAGAGAGGCAUGAACGUGAGGCACAUGAUCGUGGGCGUGCACGUGAAGGCGACCGCUGGAACAGACGAGAUGAAAGAGCAGGAGAAGGGGAGGAAGAGGAGAGGAGACGAAAAAUGGACGUUCAAGACAGGCAAAGAGACAGAGGUAGGGAGAGAGAGAGAGAGCGAGCGAGGGAGAGGGAGAAUGAGGACAAGAGAGAGGGGGAGAGAGUACCAGAAAAGCACAGGGAGCAAGAGAGGAACAAAGAGAACAGGGACAGGAACAGAGAGAAGGAGGAAAGGAGGAGGAGAUAAAAAUCUUCUUCUGUGCGUUGUCAAGCAGAAGUGAUGGACUGAUGAGUGACAGAUGAGUGAAUCUUUUCCCUCCAUCAUCCCUCUCUUCUUCACUUCACCCUAUUACUGAUUUUUGAUAUUUGGGACCUGUCUGUUUUAUAUUGUUGAUGAAGACAAAAAAAAAAUCAUUAAAGUUGUUUAGAUGUU